AUGAGAUUAUCUUGGGCACCUUUCGUUUAUCUUACAUUUGAGUCUAUCAUAAUCUACUUGACAUAUUAGUUAGAACCUUCACUCUUUGAUUAUUAAAACUUUAUUUCAAAUUUAUUCGCUUUAGUUGUAUGUAUCACAAACGUUGCUUUCUUUAUUGUCCACUGCAAAGAUCCUGGCUAUUUACCUAUCCCUGAAAUAUCAUACCAAAUUCAAGAUCAGAGCUCAAGAAAUGAAGACAAAAAUAAAUAGUAAUUCGAAUUCGUUUCAAAUAGAUAAAGUGGAAAGUUUAACAAAAAUAUUGAUUUGAAUGCAUAGCAGAAUGCUUAAAUAGAUUCAGAACCAACUAAAAAUAAAAACACAGAUCCUAAUACAAUAAGUGGAAACAGCUAAGAACAUGAGUAGUCUGAUUCAUAAAAAUAAUAGGACUAAGAAAAAAUUAAAACGCCUGAAAAAUCAAAAGAGGAAAUCGAAAUGCAAUGUGAGCCAAGCAUGUAAACAGAAAAUGAAAACAAUGAAAUUUAAAUAAAGUCUCUACCUCAAUCGAAAUAAAAUAGUGAUGAAAAAAAUCCUAAAAAAAAUGACAUAUUUUCUCCUUUGUCAGAUAAAUAACUUGAUGAUGAUGGAGAUGAAGUGGUAAAAAUAGAAACUGUUUAAGAAGAUGCAGCAAAAUCUAAGCAGGAAAUGUAUUCAUUCGAAAUAAGCAUACAGUAAAAGUAAUAAAUAAAAAAUGAAAUUACCACACAAGAAGGCAGCACUAAAUCUACAACAAAGACAAACGAACAUAUAACUACAAAUAAUUUUAAUAAUGUUUUGACACAAAACAAUGUUAUCAAUUCAAUAUUCACUAAUGAAAAUAUCUGUAAUAACAUUGUCACGAGCUUGAGUAACAAAACAUCAGAAAUUUAAUAAUGCAGCAAAUUAGAUGAUUCUAAAUUAAAUUAUUCUGUUAUUGAUUACCCUCAAACAGCAAUUGACUUUAAUGCCAAAAUUCUAAAUAACUAAGAUAUGAGAAGUUCAUAUAGCAACAAGCUCUAUAGCUUCAGUAAGAAAAACGAGGAACAAAGCAAUGUCUUUUCUUUAUUUUCUCCAAUAAAUGAUCAUACAAAAUUACAAGUCCGCUUAAAUGAUAACAUGAAUUCUUAUGUAAAUAAAGAAGCACCUUAAAUUCAUUAAAAUUUACAUGAAAUAAACAUAAUGAGUGAAAUCCAUGACCCAAAUGAAGCAUAAUUUGUAGAAAUUAGGCAUUGUUUAAGUUGCCAUAUUGAGCAAAAAAUCAGAUCUAAGCACUGUAAGUUCUGUAAUAGAUGUGUAGCAACCUAUGACCAUCACUGUCCAUGGAUUGGAAAUUGUGUAGGAGAGAAAAACAGAUGCAAUUUUUGGUGGUUUCUUAGUAUAUAAUUUACAGAGUUAGCAAUCGCAAUAACAUUUGUAAUUAAAUCUAUUGUGUCUAAUUCUGAAAUAAAUAUAGUAAUGUGGGCUAUUGAUAUAGUUCUCCUUGGUUUCUUUUUACUGAUGGUAGGAAGUCUACUUAUUUAUCAUACAUAUUUGGCAGUAGAAAAUUUGACAACAUGGGAAAAUGCAAGAUGGGAAAAGAUAUCUUAUUUAAAAGAAUGGCCUGAACAUUUUGGAAGUCCUUUUAACAAAGGAAUAUGGUAAAACAUAAAAUCGUAUUGCUAAUGCAUAAAACCUUCAAAAUAUUUUACUUCAUGGUAUAUUCCUAAAUUGAAAAGCUAGGCAAACGAGGAAUAAAAUAAAUAAAAAAAUAUUAUAAUAAAUUUAUAAAAUAAUUAAUUUGAAUAAGAACAAAACGCUUGA